UCCUUAUUGUACUCAUUCUUUGAUUAAGACUUGGAAGAUUUGAUCUGAUCUUCUGGAAAUUAUGCAUUGGAGAAUUAAUACUGGAUGGAAUUGAACUUUAAUGUCAGAGCUCUCAAGGUAUUAUAUAAAGCUGUAGCAAUUUCUUAUCUUCCAAGUUCCAACAUAUUCUAAAUUCAUCUAUUUCAUUCCGCCAUGGUUAACCACCAUGGUUUCACCUCUCUACUUUUCUCCUUCAUCCUCCUUUCUUGUGCAACUUCAGAAGCUAAUCCUCUGUUUCAGCUGGAUUGGGGACGUUCUCUAUCCGUUGAAGAUGCAGACUCAACUUUUCUAACCUCCCCAGACAACACAUUCACCUGUGGCUUCUAUGGACUGGGAACCAAUGCUUACUGGUUUGCCAUAUGGUUCACAAAUUCCAGGGAUAAAACUGUUGUUUGGGUGGCCAAUCGGGCCAGGCCUGUCAAAAGCUGGGGCUCAAAGGUGACACUGGGAAUGAAUGGAGCUUUAACAUUGACAGAUGCAGAUGGCGCUAUCGUGUGGAACAGUAAUACAACUUCAACUAGAGUUAACACAGCUGAGCUGCUUGAUACAGGCAAUCUUGUUCUCAAGAAUCCAGAGGGUGGUGUUCUCUGGCAGAGCUUCGGGUUUCCCACCGAUACUUUGUUGCCUUCCCAGGUGUUCACAAAGAAUAAUAGACUCAUCUCUGUGUUAAGGGAAGGGGGGUUUGAACCAGGCUACUUCAGUUUAUACUUUGAUGGUGAUAACGUGCUAAAGCUGAUAUACGAUGGCCCAGAGGUUUCUGAUUUUUAUUGGCCUAGCCCUGAUUUUAAUGUUGAUGGGAAUCAGAGAACCAGCCAAAACAGUACUAGAAUUGCUUUCAUUGAUAAUUCUGGAAGGUUUUUCUCUAGUGAUAGGCAGGUGCAAAUUUUGUAUUUCAGUGCUAUUGACACGGGUGAUCAGAUCAAGAGGAGAAUGACAUUGGAUGUUGAUGGGAAUCUCCGAAUCUACAGCCUGCAAGAUUCAACUGGGCUGUGGAAGGUAACCUGGCAAGCUCUUCUACAGGCGUGUGGCGUACAUGGAAUCUGUGGAAGAAAUGGUAUUUGUAAUUAUGCACCAGAGCCCAAAUGUUCAUGUCCUCCAGGCUAUGUGGUGGUUGAUCCAGAUGAUUGGGGUAGCGGCUGCAAGGCAUUGUUCAAUGUAACAAGUUUAAUAACUCAGCCUGUCAAGUUCUUGGAGAUUGCUCAGGUGGAGUACUGGGGAUUUGAUCUCAACUUCUCUGUGCCUUCUUCACUGGAAGACUGCAAGAAUUUGUGCUUAAAGGAUCAUAAUUGUAUGGCUUUUGCCUACAGGCGAAAUGGAGAGGCAUCAUGUUUCACCAAAGGCACCCUUUACAAUGGCUACAGAUCUCCAGAUUCUCCUACAAGUAUAUUUCUGAAGCUCCCCCAAGACUUUCCAGUGCCAGAAAAAUCAGGUCAUCCAGUGAUUCUCACUCGCUCUAACUUGGUGUGUUCAAAUGCAUCCGAAGUUGUAGUCGUGAAUAGUAAAAAGGUGGGAUGGGUUUAUCUGUACUCAUUUUGUUCCGCUGUUGGUGUGAUUGAGCUUCUUGUUUUUGCUUUGGGAUGGUGGGCUUUAUUCAGCAAGGAUGGGAUUCCAGCUUCACUUGAGAAUGGAUAUCAUAUGUUAUCGAGUCAGUUCAGGAUGUUCACUUAUGCAGAACUUAAGACGGCAACCAAGAAUUUCAAGGUGGAGCUAGGAAGAGGAGGCUCAGGGGCUGUUUACAAAGGUGUUUUGGCAGACGAUAGAGUGGUGGCAGUGAAGAAACUUGGAAAUGAGUUUCAUGGAGAAGAACAGCUCUGGGCAGAGAUGACCACAAUUGGAAAAAUCAACCAUAUGAAUUUGGUGAGAAUGUGGGGAUUCUGUGCAGAAGGGAAACACCGUCUUCUGGUCUAUGAAUAUGUAGAAAAUUCUUCUUUAGACAAGCAUAUUUACACCUCAAAUUUUCUUGGGUGGAAUGAAAGGUUUGAAGUGGCAUUAGGCACAGCUAAAGGGCUUGCAUACCUUCACCAUGAGUGCCUGGAAUGGGUGAUCCAUUGUGAUGUGAAACCUGAAAAUAUACUUCUAACUGGUGAACUCGAGCCCAAGAUUGCAGAUUUUGGGCUAGCCAAGCUCUAUAAAAGAGGUGACCCCGGUUCAUAUUUCACCAAAAUCCGCGGAACAAAGGGGUAUAUGGCUCCAGAGUGGGGUCUGAACCAGCCCAUCACUUCCAAAGUAGAUGUGUAUGGUUAUGGUGUUGUGAUCCUGGAGAUGGUGAAGGGAAGUAGGCUAUCGAGCUGGGCAGCCGAAGAAUGUGAGCUUCAGCAUGAAGCACCAGAUUUAAGGCAACUUUUGUGGGCAAUGAAGAGAAAAGUUGAAUUAGAAGAUGAGAGUUGGGUGGAGGAUAUAGUGGAUAGAAGACUGGAAGGGAAGUUGAGUAGAAGGCAGGCAAAGACACUGAUCAAGGUUGGUGUUGCGUGUGUGGAGGAAGAUAGAAACAUGAGGCCUACAAUGGCUUCUGUGGUGCAAACUCUUCUGGAAUGUGAAGAUGAAACAACAGUAAUCCAAACAUCAGAUCCACUUCACAUUUGAGAAAUGUUUCUAUUUAUGUUUUUGUUUUUCAUUUUUGUACUCAAGAUGUUUGUUUCUGAGACUGUUGCCAAAUGACUGCAGAAUCUAGUUGUACCCAUCCAAUGUUGUAAUGGGAAUUGCAACUGGAUGAAUAACCUUAGCCAAGAUAACUAAGGAUACUAACUUAUAAUCACAAGGUUACAAGU